AUAGAUUGAAUUCAAGAUUAAUUAUAAGAUAAUACCCACAUGAUUGCUAUUUAAUGUCAUAUCGACCUCGUGAAAAAAACUCACCUACCACUCGUUAACUAAAACAACACAUACUUAACCAAGUUGCUAAACUAAAAUACUAAAUUGUUAAGUCCUUACUACUAGAACGCACCUACUUACAAGGAUGUUCAAUUCUCAAGUAUUCAUCCCAUGAUAGUAAUUUACUCUUAAAAAGAAAGUGUAUGUGCAUGGAUCAUUUGGAGGAACAAAAGGAAGGUUUUAACUAUUUUGCUAGAAUGCUAUUAUUGACUCUCCCCUAGAGAAUAUAAAUGGACAGUUUAUUCUCCUGAAAGUCUAAACUUGCCAUCAUAGUUUAAGAUCUAGUGUGAGCUGUAGGGAGACCCUUUAGAGGCCUCCAAAAAUGGCAAACCCAAGAACGAAUGAUGCGGGAGAGAAGCGCCUCAAAGCCAACCACCCCCCCUGCACCGCCAUUUCCUUCCAUCUCUCUCUCUCCUCCUCCUCUCUUGCCCUAGAGAGAGAGAGAGAGAGGGAGGGGGCCGCAAGAGAGAGAGAGAUCGAUCACCGGCCGCCCUCCGGAGCUCGCGCGCUCGUUCGUUCGUUCGUUCGAUCAUUCGUACGUCCACAACAAUUCCGGCGACGCGACCGUCGCCGUACGUUUGCGGUGGCGCGGCAGCGUCGUCGGCGGUGAAGAAGAAGAAGAAGAAGAUCGAAGAAGAGGAAGAGGAUGGGCAACUGCUGCGUGUCCCGGCCGUCCGGCGCCGACAAGCGGCGGCGCUGCGGCAGCUCCACCGCCCCGCACACCCGCGGCGGCAGGCGGGUGAUCGGCGCCGCCAACAUGCGGUGCCUCUCCACGGUCUCCUCCGUGUCGGACGCGGCGCGCGCCGUGAUGUCGAACGAGCCGGCGACCGUGCUGGGCAACAGCGGCAGCAGCGGCAACGGCGGCGUGAUGGCGGCGGAGGAGAUGCUGCGGCGGUACGAGAUCGGGGAGGAGCUGGGUCGGGGGGAGUUCGGGGUGACGCGGCGGUGCCGGGACGCGGUGACGGGGGAGCGGCUGGCGUGCAAGUCGAUCAGCAAGCGGAAGCUCCGGAGCAGCGUGGACGUGGAGGACGUGCGGCGGGAGGUGGCCAUCAUGCGGUCGCUGCCGGCGCACGCCAACGUGGUGAGGCUCCGGGAGGCGUUCGAGGACGCCGACGCCGUCCACCUCGUCAUGGAGGUCUGCGAGGGCGGCGAGCUCUUCGACCGCAUCGUCGCCCGCGGCCACUACACCGAGCGCGCCGCCGCCGCCGUCAUGCGCACCAUCAUGGACGUCGUCCAGCACUGUCACAAGAACGGCGUCAUGCAUCGGGACCUCAAACCUGAGAACUUUCUGUAUGCCAAUGCAUCUGAGAACUCCCCUCUCAAGGUCAUCGACUUCGGCCUCUCAGUGUGCUUCAAACCUGGUGCAAGAUUCAAUGAGAUUGUUGGAUCUCCCUACUACAUGGCACCAGAAGUCCUGAAGAGAAACUAUGGACAAGAAAUAGACAUAUGGAGUGCAGGAGUCAUACUGUACAUCUUGCUAUGUGGUGUUCCUCCUUUCUGGGCCGAGACCGACGAAGGGAUCGCACAGGCCAUCAUCCGGUCACAUAUCGACUUCCAAAGAGAGCCUUGGCCAAAGGUGUCAGAUAAUGCCAAGGAUCUUGUAAGGAGGAUGCUUGAUCCAAACCCAUAUACUCGGUUGACGGCUCAACAGGUUCUAGAGCAUCCUUGGAUACAGAAUGCAAGUGCAGCUCCCAACAUUCCUCUGGGAGAAGCAGUCAGGUCCAGGCUGAAGCAAUUCACUGUUAUGAACAAGUUCAAGAAGAAGGCCUUACUUGUGGUGGCGGAGUACUUACCAACCGAAGAGCUGGAUGCAAUCAGGGAGCUGUUCAAUAUGUUGGACACCAAAAAGAAGGGGCACUUGACACUAGAAGAGCUCAGAAAGGGACUGCAAGUGAUAGGGCACAACAUCCAUGACACAGAUGUCGAUAUGCUCAUGGAAGCUGCAGACAUAGAUGGAAAUGGCAUACUGGAUUGCAAGGAGUUUGUGACAGUAUCCAUUCACCUGAAGAAAAUCCGUAGCGAUGAGCACCUUCCGAAGGUGUUCAGCUUCUUCGACAAGAACGGCAGCGGGUACAUAGAGAUCGAAGAGUUGAAAGAAGCCCUCUCCCCAAGAGGUGACCAGAAGUCGAUCGACGACAUAUUUCUGGAUGUUGACAUAGACAAGGAUGGGAAGAUAAGCUACGAGGAGUUUGAGUUAAUGAUGUCAGCCGGAAUGGACUGGAGGAAUGCAUCCCGGCAAUACUCGAGAGCAGUUUACAACACUCUCAGCCGCAAGAUAUUCAAGGAAGUGUCCCUGAAGCUUGAUCACAGUGGUCCACUUGUUGCAGCAGGAAAAUAGCAACCAGCUGUUAACUAAGUGAUGUGUUCUCUACAUGCAAUGCUCACUGCCUCACUCAUAACUGAGAGAAUGUGAAAAACAUGGCGCAGUUUUCCUUGUUCGCGUAUUGGUCUCCACAUUUUUGGGAUGCAAAGGUACCACGGGGUUCAGUGACCCUGAAUGUUUCAGAUGCAGAUGUCAAAGAGCAGGCUUAAAUACACCCUUUCUCUUUCUCUGAAAACAGAGGGAAAAAAAGAAAGAAAGAGUUGUAUCCUUCUGACUUUGAAGUCACUCUCCAUGUUUGUUAAUGUAAAACCAGAGGUAGGCCGAAUCUCAUAUUGUUCAA